AUGAGGGGAAGCAAUUCAAAUCAAGCAAAGAGUAAAUUACUAGAUUGGCAUAAGUGCCUAAACAUUAUUCGUGGCGUUGCUAAAGGGCUUCUCUAUCUUCAUGAAGACUCUAGACUAAGAAUUAUCCAUAGGGAUCUCAAAGCUAACAAUAUUCUUCUGGAUAACAAUAUGAAUCCAAAAAUUUCGGACUUUGGUGUGGCUAGAUCAUUUGGAGGAGAUCAAAUUGAUUCCGAGACCACUAAGAUUAUUGGAACAUAUGGUUAUAUGUCUCCUGAGUAUGCGGUGCAUGGACAGUACUCAGUAAAAUCUGAUGUAUUUAGCUUUGGAGUCUUAGUAUUGGAGAUAGUGAGUGGGAAGAAGAAUAGAGGAUUUUGUCACCCAGACCACCACCUUAAUCUUCUUGGACAUGCAUGGAAACUAUGGGUUGAAGACAGGCUAGUAGAACUGAUGGAUGAAUUGGUAGGUGACUUGUUCUCUAUAUCUAAUGUAUUACGACACAUUCAUGUGGGUCUGUUAUGUGUGCAACAAAGGCCAGAAGAUAGACCAAACAUGUCGUCUGUGGUUCAAAUGUUGAGCAGUGAAAAUUUAUUGCCUAAGCCGAAACAACCGGGUUUCUUUGCUGAUUCAUAUAAAGCAAAUUCUUCAUCUAGCAAGCAUGAAACUUAUUCAACAAACAAAAUCUCCACUACAGUGUUUGAAGGACGGUAA